CCAAAUUUGGUUUAUUGGUCACGUGAGAUUGAAGAGCCGCAUGUGACAGAAGAAACUAGAAGGCGAUCGCACGGCUAAGGAAGAAAAUGAGGUUUCGCUUCUGCGGAGAUUUGGAUUGUCCAGAUUGGGUACUUGCAGAGAUAAGUACUCUUUCAAAAAUAACGUCUGUAAAGAUGAGGCUUGUUUGUGCCCAGAUGAUCAAAGAUUUGCUGGGAGAAGAGAUCGACUACGCCAAAGUUGAGAAGUUGACAUCGGAUGCCAAGUAUGAAUUGUCAGAUGUGAAAGCUUCAAUUGCAGCUCUUUCGUUUAUACUCUCAAGUGCUGCAAAGUACAGCGUGGAUAGCGAUUCAUUAUCUAACGAACUUCAACAGCUUGGCUUGCCUAAGGAACUCUCUACUGCACUCUGUAAAACUUAUGGAGAAAAUUUAACCAACUUGCAAAGUUCUUUCCUGCGAAGUAGUAUAAAGCUGAACCAACUAACUGGGUUGGAGUGGAGAGUGGACUUCGUCUUAGGCUGCAGUGAAUUAAAUGAGAUGGUGGAGCCAGAGGUCCAGCUCAGGUUUAAUGAAGUAGAUAACAACAGCCACAGUGUACGACCUGUAUCAUUCUCCAUGACGUCACAGAAAUUUAGUGUAUUACUUGGUGAACUGAAGCAAGCGCAGCGAAUAAUGACAGGACUAUGAUUUCCAUUGCCUCCAGCUUCAGAAUCAUUCUUUUUUAUGAUCGUCACAAGGGCCUACAAUUAUUUUUUGGGGCUGAUUUUUCUCAUGGCAGAAUAUGCUUUAUUUCACACAUUCUGGGAUACUGUUGUUCAUGUCUCUGAUUGGACGAACAAUGAUUUUCACAGUCUUUGAGAUGUGUUGGUCAGUGAGAUAAAAUCUCAGUAUGAAAGCAGAAAGUGCUUGAACAAUUGUUAUUCACUCAUUGCUAUGUGUCAAAAAACUCACUUGUUUGCUGCGCCCACUUGUUACGUUUUUUGAUGCAUCACAACUCUUGAAUUAAAAUUGUUUGUACACUCUUUCCAUGGAAUGAUGGUUAUAAAUGGUGUUGAUAUUUAUGUAAGCUCUGUAGCACCUGCAGACAGUUUUAGUGGUGCAAGUAUCUUGUUCAACACAUUUUUGUAGAAAUAUGAAAUAAUUAAUUCUAUCAUAAACUGAGGAAUCUCGGUGGCAUACUGUAGUAACCACUUAACCUGAAGCCUAUGCAAAGGAGAAACAUCCUCAAUGCUUUGAAGUUUUCUUUUUUUUUAUGGAGCAUUUAACUGGCAAUAAAUACUGACUCUUGGAUAGGAUAAAUGGUAUGAUGCGUUGCUCCACUUCCUUGAUAGUACUGUACUGAAAAUGGUAUGGGAAAAUAAGAGCAAACAUCACAGACUACUAGUUGGCCAAAUAAUGAAACAGUUACUAAAUGAGAAGAAACUUUCA